AUGAUAAUGGACAUCCUGAAGCAGAUCAGAGCAGUGGUUGAAGAGGGACUCAAUCAGCUGCCAUACAGUGAGUGUACAGUGACCACUCCCACAGGGCAUAAGUAUGAUGGCGUGAAGUUUGAGAAAGGCAACUGCGGUGUCAGCAUUAUGAGAAGCGGCGAGGCCAUGGAGCAGGGACUCAGAGACUGCUGCCGGUCCAUCCAUAUCGGUAAGAUCCUCAUCCAGAGUGACGAGGACACCCAGAAGAUCAAAGUUUACAACGCCAAGUUCCCCCUAGAUAUCAACAGGAGGAAAGUCCUCCUAGUGUAUCCCAUUCUCACUACGUAUGGAUCAUCAUGUACAGAUAACACAGUGAUUGAGGCUGUGAGAGUUCUGACUGAACAUGGUCUCCGGGCCAAACAUAUCAGCUUGCUUGCGCUAAGCACUGCAAGUCUAAUGGUUGUGUCCAUCAUUCAAGAGUUCCCAGAGAUCACCAUACUGACCACCAAGGUGUACCCUGUGCUUCCCACACACUUUGGCCAGAGAGCAGGUUUGAGGAUGGAAUAUAUCACAUUUGUAGAGGAUACGGAGUCAUCUUCAUGUACAGUGCUGUGAAAAAGUAUAUUCCCUCUUCCUGAUUUCUUAUUUUUUUGCACAUUUGUCACACUUAAAUGUUUCAGAUCAUCAAACAAAUUUUAAUAUUACACACUGAUAACCCAAGUAAACACAAAAUGCAGUUAAGUGAUCAUUUUAUUUAUUAAGGGGAAAAAGCAAUCCGAACCUUCAUGACCCUGUGACAAAGUAAUUGCCCCCCUUGUUAAAUCAUGAAUUUACUGUGGUUAAUCACAUUUUUUAGAAAGCUGAGUUCAAUUUCACUAGCCACACCCAGGCAUAAUUACUGCCAGACCUGUUGAAUCAAGAAAUCACUUAAAUAGCACCUGUCUGACAAAGUGAAGUAGGCCAAAAGAUCUCAAAAAGCAAGACAUCCUGCCGCGAUCCAAAGAAAUUCAGGAACAGAUGAGAAACAAAGUAAUUGACAUCUAUCAGUAUGGAAAGGGUUACAAAGCUAUUUCUAAAGCUUUGAGACUCCAGCGAACCACGGUGAGAGCCAUUAUCCACAAAUUGAGAAAAUUUGGAAGAGUGGUGAACCUUCCCAGAAGUGGCAGGCCUACCAAAAUUACCCCAAGAGCGCAGUGACGACAUAUCCAAGAGGUCACAAAGGAACCCACAACAACAUCUAAAGAACUGCAGGCCUCACUUGCCUCAGUUAAGGUCAGUGUUCAUGACUCAACCAUAAAAAAACAGCUUCUAUCUCAAGGCUAUCAGACUGUUAAACAGCCACCACUAACAUUGAGUGGCUGCUGCCAACACACUGACACUGACACUGAC